AUGAUGUCGAGGGAGCAGCGCAAGAAGGCAGCGGGCGCUCUACAUGAGAAGCUGCAGAUCCUGCGCUCCAUCACUCACUCCCGCGCGCUGAGCGACGCCUCCAUAAUCAUGGACGCGUCGGAGUACAUCGAGGAGCUGAAGCAGAAGGUCGUCAGGCUCAAGCAGGAGAUGGCGUGUGAAGAAGCAGCAGGAGGAGGCGCGCUGCAGCUCAAGCACAGCUCCUCAUCCCCCUCCCCGGCGGUCACCGUGGAAACCCUAGCAGGAGCAGGAGCAGGAGCAGGGCACGGGUUCCUCAUCAACGUGUUCUCUGACAAGAGCUGCCCCGGGCUGCUUGUGUCUAUCCUGGAGGCGUUUGAUGAGCUGGGCCUCAGCGUACUCCAAGCCACGGUGUCUUGUGAGGAUACAUUCCGCCUCGAGGCUAUUGGGGGAGAGAUGCAGAACCAGGUGGAUAAUGUGGAUGAGCAUGUCGUGAAGCAAGCCGUGCUCCAGGCCAUCAGGACCUACUCGUCACAAGGCUGUCGCCAACAACAAGAGGAGCGCUACUAG